GGCUCGGGGGGGUCCGGGGGAGGAUGGAGCAGUGAGCGGGGCUGGGCCGCUGCCGGCAGCGCCAUGGAGACCGUGCAGCUGAGGAACCCGCCGCGCCGGCAGCUGAAAAAGUUGGAUGAGGAUAGUUUAACCAAACAACCAGAGGAAGUAUUUGAUGUCCUAGAGAAACUUGGAGAAGGGUCCUAUGGCAGUGUAUACAAAGCUAUCCACAAAGAGACUGGUCAGAUUGUUGCUAUUAAACAAGUUCCUGUGGAGUCAGACCUGCAGGAGAUUAUCAAAGAAAUUUCUAUAAUGCAGCAAUGUGACAGUCCUCAUGUAGUCAAAUAUUAUGGCAGUUAUUUUAAGAACACAGACUUGUGGAUUGUCAUGGAGUACUGUGGUGCUGGUUCUGUAUCUGAUAUCAUUCGAUUACGAAAUAAAACGCUAACAGAAGAUGAAAUAGCUACAAUAUUACAAUCAACACUUAAGGGACUGGAAUACCUUCAUUUUAUGAGAAAAAUACACCGAGACAUCAAGGCAGGAAAUAUUUUGCUAAAUACAGAAGGACAUGCAAAACUUGCAGAUUUUGGAGUAGCAGGUCAGCUUACAGAUACCAUGGCUAAACGGAAUACAGUGAUAGGAACACCAUUUUGGAUGGCUCCAGAAGUUAUUCAGGAAAUUGGGUACAACUGUGUGGCAGACAUCUGGUCUCUGGGAAUAACUGCCAUAGAAAUGGCUGAAGGAAAGCCCCCAUAUGCUGAUAUCCAUCCAAUGAGGGCAAUCUUCAUGAUUCCUACAAACCCUCCUCCCACGUUCCGAAAGCCAGAGUUGUGGUCAGAUAACUUCACAGAUUUUGUGAAGCAGUGUCUUGUAAAGAGCCCUGAGCAGAGAGCCACAGCCACUCAGCUUCUCCAGCACCCAUUUGUGAAGAGUGCCAAAGGAGUGUCAAUACUGCGGGACUUAAUUAAUGAAGCCAUGGAUGUGAAACUGAAACGCCAAGAAGCUCAGCAGCGGGAAGUAGACCAGGAUGACGAAGAAAACUCAGAGGAAGAUGAGCUGGAUUCUGGCACAAUGGUUCGAGCGGUUGGUGACGAGAUGGGUACUGUACGAGUGGCCAGCACCAUGAGUGAUGGAGCCAAUACUAUGAUUGAGCAUGAUGACACAUUGCCAUCACAGCUGGGCACCAUGGUGAUCAAUGCGGAGGAUGAGGAAGAAGAAGGGACUAUGAGAAGAAGGGAUGAGACCAUGCAACCUGCAAAACCAUCUUUUCUUGAAUACUUUGAACAAAAAGAAAAGGAAAACCAAAUCAAUAGCUUUGGUAAGAGUGUACCUGGCCCACUGAAAAAUUCUUCAGAUUGGAAAGUUCCACAGGAUGGAGACUAUGAGUUUCUUAAGAGUUGGACAGUGGAGGACCUUCAGAAGAGGCUCUUGGCCCUUGACCCCAUGAUGGAGCAGGAGAUCGAAGAGAUUCGGCAAAAGUAUCAGUCCAAACGGCAGCCAAUCUUGGAUGCCAUUGAGGCUAAGAAGAGGCGGCAACAAAACUUCUAAGUAAGGCCGUACCCAGGUCUUUGUGAACUCCGGAUCCUCAUCUCACAUUUGUUAGCCAGCACUUCUGCUCUGUCAUUUCUCCACAGCACCUUUGUGAACUCAGGAAUGUGCGCCAGUGGGAAGGGCUACCUUGACAGUCAUCGUGCCAUCUUGAUGAGUGCGUUUACAUUGGUCAGGUAUAUUAUUUAAAAGGAUUUGUAUUGGCGCUUUUAACUCAGAGUUUUAAACCCUAGAAACCAGAGACUCCUAGUUGAGUAAUAGCUGGGAAAGUUUUACAUUGUCUUUUUGUUUUUCUUCUCCAAAUAGCUUUUGAUUGUUCUUUCUAGAAGACUUUUUAAAAACAUAUAAAUAUGCAUAUAUAUAUAUACAUAAAUUAUAAAGAUUCCCCCACUCAAUGUGGUGGCAUCUCUGUACAGGUACAGUUUUGAACAGUUUUGCAUCUUUUCUGUAAGAUUAUGGUACUGUGGAACAUGAGGACAGAGGACUCUAGGAGGCUAUAAGGGGAUUAGUGAAUCCCAAGAGCCAGCCUUCUCCUUUGCAGGACUGCAUUUAAAAAUUAGGCUUGGGGUGGUGCUUGCACCAUGGUUGCAGCCUUGAGCGGGCAUCACUGGCUUCUGGAGCUGUUGGUGAUGUCCAGGGAAGCCUUGAGGAUUUGUGUUUGCUCUCUGAGUCCCAGGAGAAACCUGACACCUUCUUUGCAAAUCUGCCUUUGCUGUUUCAACGCCUUUCAUCCAUCUCCACUCUCCCAACUGCCUAAGUCACAUCACAGAUACUGCCCAGUGCCUUAAGAGGAGACGUGAUCCAGUGAAGGGACAGGCCUACCAGAAUUCUUAGUGAACAUAGGGAUGUAUUCAGUUCACAAAGGGAAAGGGCUUUCGAAGUUCUCAUUGUUCAUGUGAAAAAUCACAUUAUGUGAUGUUUUGCUCUGCAUUCCUUAUAGAGAGGAAUAGAGGGCAUUGCUUGCUUUUAUGAUCCACAAAUAUGUGACUGUUUUCUUUUACUGUAAGGGGUCUAAAAAAGAUAAAUGAAUACCAGAUUAAAAUUUGUUUUUCAGGAGGCUCAAGCCACACACAUAAAAUGCCAGAGUUGGAAGGAACCAUAGAAAUCAUCUAGUCUGACACUUUGUUGCGUAGAUGGGAAAACUGAGGCUUUGAGAGGGAAGUGACGUGGCCAAUAUCACAGCCCAAGUUAGAAUAAGAGAAGGAAUUGGAACUCGGGACUCCCCUCCUGGGCCACUGAACUGAGCAGCCCUUUCCCUGAGGAAAGAGACUUGUGUCAGUUUUGAUUAAGGGAAUCAUGUUGACAGAAACUUGCUCUUGCCUUGCUUCUUUAGUAGGUAACCUGGAUAUGAAGCGAUUCCUCAUUCAGUCUCAGCAAGUGCAUGAGCUCUGCACCAUCUGCCAGUAGCAGACCAGCACCCAUGAAGGCAGAUUUAGGGCCCAGAGCAGAUCAGAGGGCUUUUCAAAAGACAGUGUGGAGCUGUCCUGUAACAUUGGCUCAAAAGCCACAUUUACUCACACAGCAAAGAUAAGACAAUUAAGAAAGACAAUCUUUUUGUCUUCUAAUAUCUCUUCUUCCCUCAGGGAAGCCAUGACUGGGUUGCACCUAAGGAUACUGUAAUUUGACUCCAUAAUUGCUUUUGCUCCUUGGACCUGAGAAUCGAUAGAAAGGCAGAGAACAUUCUUCCUCUGUGACCAGCUUCUGUUAUUUGCACUUAAAGCAAGUUUUUAAAAAUGCAAGAGACAGUUGGUCUUCAGGGCGUGGCCAGUGCAGCAGCAGUGUGGCAGAAGUAGAAAAAUAGAGGGCAAUUUGAAGAUCUUGCUGGAAUUGUAUUUGUUGACCACCUAUCAUAUUCCAGGCACAGAACUAGAUUAAUUAAGUUCCAAAUUUCACAGUAAUCCCAUGGAUGAUGUACUUUAUCUCCAUUUCAUAGAUGAAGAAAUGGUUUUGUGAAGAAAGAUUCUUCCCAUUAGCAAUACAGCUAGUAAGUGGUAGAAUCAGGAUUCAUAGCAUUACUACAGUGCUAAUAUUUACAGAGAAAGGUAAACUCAUAAGUCUGUUUAAAAUGAAGUGACCAUGUUUUACACAGACUAAGUGGCAUUUUUAGUUUGGAAAACAGCUGAACUCAAAGUCAAGUCUGCCAGCCAAGUAAGUUUUAAAAUCCAAAAUAUUGUGUUUAUUAACACUUCUAUCUUGAUCUCUUUGCCCCUUAAACAAAGAACUUUGGGGUUGGUUAGACAGGAGAAAGCCUGGUUUUUCCUUUACUAAACAAAAUUCCAGAAAAGGAAAGCUCAGUUUUUUCUCAUAAAUAUUCUUGGGCCAUGAACCUUGAUCUGGAGUUUGUUUCAAGUAACAUGUGGACACCCAGCUUGCUGGCCAGCAAAGUCACCUUUGGACAGUAUGUUUUAGAUCAGAGUAAUUUCCUGGUGUGUUUGUUUUCUCGUGACAGGAACACAGGAGCAAGUCCUAGUCAUUUUUUCCUUGAAUACUAAAUUGAAAACACUUAAGCUUGCUUUCAUUGAGCUUGAAUAUUUGCAACUCAAGCUUCAUGAAACUCUGAGGCUCUCAGAAAAACCAUGACCCUACACCUAAUUGCAUCUUUAAAAUAUCUCAUAUUCUUUAGAAAUAUCUUAACUGUUUUGCCAUUAGUACAUUUGAAACAUAUUUCUAUUUUUAUUUCUCCCUUAUCCCUAUCCCUAACCACCAUUUGAGUAGAUAAGAAUUUGGCUGGCUGGGAUUGAGAAGAGGGUUGGUGGGUGGGUGCACAUAUGGACUGAUGGACAUUAGAUAGGUAGGUAGGUAGGUCAUAGAAAGAAUGAAUGAACCAGAAAUCUGAAGCAGUUUAAGAACUAUAAUCUUGACUCCUCAAAACUAUAGACUGUAAUCAAGAAAACAUUUAUUUAGCACUUACAGAUGCCAGAAAUGUAUUAUACGAUUUAAAACUCAGGAGCCCUGCUACUGUCAGGAAUGAGAUGGCAUCAUUCCUGUAUAACCUACAAAUUUUAAAGAACUGAUAAUUACAGAAUAUUAUGAACAAUUUUACACUAAUAAAUUCAAUAACUAACAUGAAACAGACAAAUUCCUAGAAAAACACAAAGUGCUAAAGUUCACUCAAGAAGAAAUAGAUUAUCUUAAUGGCCAUCUUCUAAAACUUAAUAACUUUGAGAGAGAUAUGGGUGUUACUGUCCCUUGUUUUACAGAUGAGGAAACAGGCUAAAAGGUAAAGUCUGUUGCUCAAGUUCAUGUUACUGGAAAAAUAGCAGAGCCAGGAUUCAAACCCAGGUCCUCUGCCUCUUGAUCUAGUGCCCUUUCUAACAUACCAUGUUGCCUCUGAAGAUCACAGCUCCUUAUUUAUGAGGAAAUUGUUCCUGCCCACUUCACAACCCUCACCCCACUGACCCCACCCCAUCCUUUCUUAAGCACUGUGUUUAUGGUUUCAUCGGGUAUUCAUUGUCUUUGGAAUUCACAUUCUGAUUUGUUUUUUGGGGGAAAAAAUCUCUUCCACCAGCUUGCAUUUGGACCAACUUGGGGGAAAAGAGGCUUAAAUGCUGUUGCUGAUAUACAAUUUUAAAAUGUGAAGUUUGUAGCUUUAAUUUUUUGUAACAUAAACUUAAUAACACCGGCUUAAGUGCUGACUUGAGAUGCUAUUUUGUAAGGUUUGGAUGUAAAUAAUCAGUUGAGGUCAGCAGUUUGUAUAUGUAUGAGACAUAGUUUCCUCCACUGCCCCUCCCUUUUGGUUUGUUUUUUUUAAAUUUGAGAUGCUUACUAUGUGCUUUUAUGUUAGAAUUGUUGUUCUCCAACCUUCCUUCUUCUGACAUCUUGUUUUAAAUAAACUGUCCUUUGGACCACA